CUGUUGCCAACUCCAAGCCUGCCACAGCCUUGCCCACUUGGCUCUGACGCCUUGCUUGCACUUCGAGCACCUACUUGACUGCAAUGACGAGGCAGCCACACAAGGAAAGCGCACAAAGAGGCCUCCAGGACGGAGGCUAAGGAAAAGACCAAAGGAUGAGUUCGAUGCUGAAGAAAGGCGGAGGUGCCUUUAAACCCAAGGCGCCGAUUGCGAGAAGACGGCCUGCCCCAGCUGCAGCAGCCCCCGCCCCUGCCGCCGUUACUGAGCCACAAACUGGGACACCAAAUGGCCAGGCCUCUGCUGGUGGUGACGAUGCCAGCUCGUCUAAUGUUGUCGAGUCGGGCGUCGAGCCACCAAGCCAAGCCCCCAUCCCGACAGCCCCGACCGAAUCGCCAGCCCCAUCCAGUGAACCCCAUGCCUCGACUACGAGCCAGCGGAGAACAAGAAGCCCUGAGGCCAGAAGAACAAGAAGCCCUGAGGCCAGACGCACUAGGAGUCCUGAACUCAGGCGCGAUGCGACUGCUAAGAGAAGUUCCGCGGUAGCUCAACCUCAGAACUCCGCUGCCCCCACCACCGCAGACACAACGAGCCUCACCCAAAUCAACGCGACUCGUUCAGAGCCUUCGUCCGAGACAGCGACGACUACAACAGCCAUUUCGGAGCCGGUUGGGAAUGGGCCGGAUCAGGUACAAGGCCCUCCAGAGCCUUCCAGCACUACGUCUGGUCAAGGAGACGCGGCGACGAAGACUAAGACCACACCGCGCAAAGGAGGUCCAUCUGCGCUGAAACCUGCUGGAUCCUCGCCUGCGAAGAAGGCUAAAUCUGCCGCCGAGCUUACAGUGCCAUCUCCCGCCCCCACGCAAGAGGUCGCGACCACAUCUUCUGCAAGCACAUCAAUAGCACCAUCGCUUGACAAUGGUGAGGGAUCCUCAACCGCGGCUGCGGCCACGUCCAAGGCCAAGAAACCAGCAGCAAGGCAACCCAGGAAACGGAAGGCACCUGCUGGAGCGGCUGAGAGCGAGGCGGAAACAGGCACAGAAACCGCAGGCCCAGCCAAGAAGAGAGCGCCACGCAAGAAAAAGACUGCUGCAAAUAGCGGAGACAAUGGAACUCAGGCAGGCGGUGCUGAGAAUGGCGAGGCUGUGGCACCCAAGAAGAGGGCCCCACGAAAGAAGAAGGCGGCAGCCGCCACCAGCAGCGGGGAGGGUGGGGAUGGAAAUGGAGUUGCCCCUACUGAGACCGAGGGCGAAGACACGGAGGGGGCCAAGAAGGCUCGGAGAAAGCGAUCGGUGACGCCCGAGGACGCUGAGCAGCAAAAGGUCGACCACGAGCAGAUGGUCAUGAGCGAGCUGACAAGGGACCUGAGGAUCGGUGCCAAGUUCAGCAAGUACGACGAGCUGCGGGAGAGGAUGCGCAAGAAGCGGGCUCGCCAGCGACUCAUAAAGCUGGGCAAGCUCCCGCCGGGCGAGGAGCAGGCUGACGAAAACGCAUCCGAGUCAGGGACGCCGGCUCCGGACGGGCCCAGCAAGCCCGCGCCGGCGGCGCCGCGACUGGUGGUGCAGGAGAAUCCCGCCGACUCGGUCCCACAGCUCGAAAUAGUGGACGGGCAUAUCCGGAUCAACGAGGCUUCAAUGCAAUAUGACCGACACGCUGCGGCGGACCAGGCACGAGGCGUGGUGUUCGAGCAGGAAGAGGACGACUUCACGACCCCCGUGACGCAGCGGACGUACAUGCGGCGCCAGCCUCAGGGCAAUUUCUGGACCGACGAGGAAACGAUCAAGUUCUACCACGGGCUGCGCAUGUUCGGCACCGACUUCAACAUGAUCUCCAAGAUGUUCGGAGGCGCCAAGAACAGGCGGCAGGUGAAACUCAAGUUCAACCGCGAGGAGCGGGCCAACCCCGUCGCCGUCAACAAGUGCAUCAUCGGCGAGAAGGACGUGCCCAUGGCCCUGGACGCGGUCGACGGCGCCGACGCCCUCGAGGAGUCCCAGGCCAUCAACGACGAGCUGGCCCGCCUUAAGGCCGAGCAGGAGGCCGAGACCAGGAGGCAGGAGGAGGAGGAGGCCGCCACCAACCGCCGCAAGAAGGACGAGCUCUUCGGUCGGCGGAAGGGCGACAAAGUGCCCAAACCCGGCCACGACGCGUCGUCGCACGAUGCUGACGUGGACCUCGCCAGCGAUCCCUUUGGCGGCGCCGCAAACCACAACAGGGUCCCCGGGGCGGAGUACGGCGUCGGCACCGACCCGGACGUCAUCGACGAGACAGACCUGCCCACGGCGGCGACCGCGCGCAAGGGACGUGGGGGAGGCAGAAGCCGCAAAGCACCCCAGACGUUUGCGGGCGGUAUUGGUGGCUGAGCGGGCCGGCGAGAGCCCCUCUGCUUUGAGACAGUCUUUUGGUCUUUUUUCUUUUCUACGGCGUACGUGGGUGGUCAUGAAUUGCGGUUUGGUAGAUACCCACGCCCUCUCGUCAAUUAUCUGGAAGGCGUUGGUCAAAGUGAUAAAAAGGGGGUUGCAACUGUUCGACUUGGAGACAAGGAAAGGUCCAGCACAGCUGGAUUGUACAGGUAAAAUACGACGACUACACAUGCAAAAGAAUGGGCAAUGCCUCGAGGCACGGAGUCAGUUUUGCGAUGGUUCAAAGGGUUGGAUUCUUUUUUCGCAACUAUACAACGAGGCCUGCGAGGCCACUUUGAAUUCAAAUUAUCAAAAAGU